UUAUGUUUUCUAGCAUCAGAAACUGAGAGCCCACAGACCCAGGCGAGACACUAUAAGACUCUACAGGCGAUGUAUAAAACUAAGGCCAGACCGAACAAGAUGGAUGUUGCUCAGCUCCUGGACCUCGAAAUCCAAGCGAGAAGGGCCUUCAUUGACUCUGAUGUUACAAAGGAGCAGGACAGGCCUUCCAAGAUUCUUAAAGCUUAUCCUUGCUUUGGAGAACUGGAUCAUCUAAUGGAUGAACUACGGCGGGUCCUCAAUCAAGGCAACUCCCACUUCUUAACGGAACUUAAGACCCGGUGGGGGACCUUUUGUGAGAGGGCACAGUUUUAUGGAGUUUUCAAAAAGCUCAUGAGGCCUCCGCAGCUUGACAAAGUAAAGCACUCAAUUGCCAUGAUGAAGGCUUUACCAGAGAUGUUCCCAUCACCUAUGGCCCCACCCAAGAAGUUAAGGCACGCAAGUGAGGCUCUGCUCCACGUCCUUGAGUCUGCAGAAGACCCAAACACCUUUCUUCAGACACGACCACUUUCCAGCCCUGUUGUCAUCAUCUGCGAAACCAACUGUAUACUGGCCAUUGGAACCAUGCCCGUGCUCAUCUUCCCAAAAGAGGACAUUCAUGAAAGCGUGAUGUAUCUCAUGGCAUGUUAUUACACCUUUCACCUCACCUAUCCUAAGUGCAUUGCAACACUCCUGUCUGUGGUGCAGACAGAAGUCCUCUUGGACGCCAUUCACGACUGUGACAUGACUACUUCAUACAAAAAGGCUAUGGCCGACUGGAAAAAGUUCAUAAGUGAUUAGGGCACUUAUAUAUGAGGGGCCGCUAGGGACAAUAUUCAGAAAUA